CUUCGCCUAAACAAGUACAAAACUCAAUAAAACUUGCCUCAUUUACAGAGCUCUUUUUAGAACAUGGGUGGAAUCUGGGAGUUUUCGGUAUAGCCUUCUUAGGACAUGGGUGGAAUCUGGGAGUUUUCGAACCUGAAGCUUCACAGCAAAACGCGAGAUUACCUUUUUACGCUGAAGCUUCGCAGCAAGGACAAACUCAAUAA